AUGCCGUCCACGACCAAGACCCUGCACUUCCUGUCCAGUGCGCUGGUCACCUGCGUAUCGGUGGGGAUCCUGGGCUUCGCCAUGUCCACGCCGUGGGCCACCAAGGCCAUGAAGUGCGCCCGAGACAGCAACGACUUCUUCAACGGCUCGGCCGCGGUUACGCUGGGACUCUUCGACGGCAGACUGGAACGGGAGAUUUGUCCCCUUUUCGGACUACCCGUUGACUUUCAAGUGUUCCCCAAGUUGGUGGAGACCAAAGGCGUCCCGGUGGUGCUGCACACCGUGUCUUUGUGUCUGCUGGUGUUGUGUCUGCUGUGCUCGGCCGUCGGCAUCCUGAUCUCGCUGUACAACAGCGUCAGUAACCCCUACGAGACGUACAUGGGCCCCGUGGGCAUCUACACCUGUAGCGCCAUCAGCGCAUGUUUGUCCGUCGUGGUGCUCAUCCUAUUCGUGGUCAACUUCAGCGUGACCACCGUGGCGGAGGACGUGGUGAGGAGCUUCGCCGAGAACGUCCCGGUGGAGUUUAAGAUUGGCUCCUCCCAGAUGCUGCUGGGCUACUACCUGCUCAUCCCGUACGCGGCGCUGUCGCUGCUCGCCGUCGGCCUCAUCUACAUGUACGACCGCGCCGCCUACAUGCAACGGCGAGAGCAGCAGCGGCCCACCGAGGACGCCCCCAAGGAGAUCAUGAUGUACUAG